AGCGGUGGGAGAUGGGCCGUCCUUUCCCUUUCGGCGGGGAAGCAGCGAGGGCCUGCCGGGCCCCUCCUCCCCGAAACCACCAACUUUCUCUUCGCUGCCCUCUCGCGUCGUCGUCCUCUUCCUCGUUGCGCUCGCAGGCCUACAGCUGGCCGAGGGCGCUGCGAGGCGGCCCGUAUAAAUGCCAAGUGCCCCCACUGUUGAGCACAUCAGUCGGCAAGCAGCAGCGCGGCAUCUGGCCCAGCACAGGGACUCGAAGAACCGCGGCAUGAAUCCCUUCAAGGUGCUCACGGUCGCCUUGUGUGCCGUCCUAGCGAUGGCAGGCGACAUCGGCGGAGGCGGAGGUAGUGGAGGCUACGGCGGAGGUGGCGGAGGCUACGGAGGAGGUGGUGGAGGCUACGGCGGGGGCGGCUUCGGAGGAGCCAGCUUCCUAGGUGGCUUCGGAGGCGGAGGCUUCGGCGGCGGCGGCGGUGGAUUCGGAGGCGGUGGAUUUGGAGGCGCAUUUUCCCCAUGCCUCCGGCAACCCUUGAUCAGCCCGUUUUUCUAUCUUUCCUCAGGCGGUGGCGGCGGCGGUGGCGGCGCUAGCAAGACCAUUGUGGUCUCCGUCAGUGGCGGAGGCGGCGGCGGUGGUGCAGCUCCUGCUCCCCGGCCCGUAACCCGCUACACUGCUCACAUUGACCGAACGCCUUUGCCCAUCAAGUACAAGCAGGGUCUCGUCGCCACCGGCAAUGGCAUCUCUCUUGUCGAGCCCAUCAUGGUCGCCACUCAAGUGCCGGGACCUAGGAUCAGCUUCCCGCAAGGCAUCCCCCGACCACAGCAAGCCAGUGUUCACGUCGCCGAGAUCCAGAGGGUUGAUGGCGGCGGCGGUGGAUUCGGAGGCGGCGGCGGUGGAUUCGGAGGCGGCGGCGGUGGAUUCGGCGGCGGAGGCUUUGGCGGUGGCGGAUUCGGCGGCGGCGGAUUCGGCGGCGGCGGAUUCGGCGGUGGCGGAUUCGGUGGAGGAGGCGGCGGCGGAUACGGAGGCGGCGGAUUCGGAGGUGGCGGAUUCGGAGGUGGACUUACCGGUCUCGGUGGUGGCUUCGGAGGUGGUUUUGGUGGCGGAUUCGGAGGCGGUUUCGGAGGUGGCGGCGGCGGUGGCGGCGGAAGUGUGUUCCCGCACCCCAGGGUUGAAGUAGCCGAAGCCGUGCACAAGAUUCCGCUGGGCACAGCAGCCGAUACGCAUAAGGAAGGAGGCGGCGGAGGCCAUGGAGGUGGCGGUGACACCGCUGUCUUAAGCGUCGACGUCCACCAUCAUGGCGGUGGUGGAGGCGGAGGCGGAGGACACGGGGGCGGAUUCGGUGGUGGACAUGGAGGUGGAUUCGGUGGCGGCGGUGGCUAUGGAGGCGGUGGACACGGCGGUGGUGGCGGAGGUCACGGAGGCGCUGCGUUUGCCGCCAUCCCGGUGAAGGUGGUCGAAGUCGCCGGAGCCGCCGGCGGUGCCGGCGCUGUGUCAGGCGGAGGAGGAGGAGGCGGACACCACGGAGGAGGAUGGCAUUAGACCUCAUGACGAACCAAAUAGUUGAUACGAAGAAUUGUCGCCAGCUGCGAGCAUAUUGCUCCAACCUGCCAAAUGCGCCACGCGCCGAGGCGCUCACCGUCAGCACUGCCACGGCACCAGGGAACACCAGCCGAACACUGUCAUCCUGUUUUGUAAUAUACUGUUGUGAGAGGUUGUGUGAACUUCUCAACCCUUCUGUAAAAUAAACCUUUGUAAAUAUGG